AUGACUCACCAAGCACACCCCUUCCACAUAGUCGACCCUAGCCCAUGGCCCCUAACAGGAGCCAUCGCAGCUCUAUUAUUAACAUCAGGCCUUGCAGCAUGAUUUCACUUCAAUAAUAUAAACUUAAUUUUACUCGGCCUUAUUAUUAUACUUUUAACAAUACAACAAUGAUGACGAGAUGUCAUUCGUGAAGGAACAUAUCAAGGACAUCAUACAAUGCCAGUACAAAAAGGCCUACGAUACGGUAUAAUCUUAUUUAUUACCUCAGAAGUAUUAUUUUUUGCCGGAUUCUUCUGAGCUUUCUACCACUCAAGUCUGGCCCCCACCCCUGAACUUGGAAGUCAAUGACCGCCAACAGGAAUCCACCCUUUAAACGCCUUUGAAGUCCCGCUCCUAAAUACAGCUGUCUUGCUAGCCUCCGGAGUAACAGUAACAUGGGCCCAUCACGCCUUGAUGGAAGGAAAACGAACUGAUACUAUCCAAGCAUUAUCCCUAACAAUCUUACUAGGCCUAUACUUUACAGCCCUACAAGCCAGCGAAUAUCACGAAACAUCCUUCACUAUCUCAGACAGCGUCUAUGGCGCAACUUUCUUUGUAGCCACCGGCUUCCACGGCCUACAUGUAAUUAUUGGAUCCCUAUUUCUCACUACCUGCCUCAUUCGACAAUCCUUAUUUCAUUUUACAACAAACCAUCACUUCGGAUUUGAAGCAGCCGCUUGAUACUGACAUUUUGUAGACGUUGUAUGAUUAUUCCUGUAUGUAUCAAUCUACUGAUGAGGCUCU